AUGUCAAUUUCUCUUUUCGCGUAUAUUUCAGUUUAUUUAACGGAUUUCUUUCAUUCUUUUUCUUCGAUUACCGAUUUCUUUGUUUCUUGGAAAGGACUAUCUCUAUCUAUCUAUCUAUCUAUCUAUCUAUCUAUCUAUCUAGUUCAGUCCGAUCAUACCUAUCUGAUUCUUUUCAUAUCUAUCUAUCUAUCUAUCUAUCUAUCUAUCUAUCUAUCUAUCUAUCUAUCUAGUUCAGUCCGUUCAUAUCUAUCUCAUUCUGUUCAUAUCUAUCUAUCUAUCUAUCUAUCUAUCUAUCUAUCUAUCUAUCUAUCUAGUCUAUCCGUUCAUAUCUAUCUAUCUCAUUCUGUUCAUAUCUAUCUCAUCUAUCUUCAUAUCUAUCUAUCUAUCUAUCUAUCUAUCUAUCUAGUGCAGUCCGUUCAUAUCUAUCUAUCUAUCUAUCUAUCUAUCUAUCUAUCUAUCUAUCUUAUUCAAUAUAUAUAUAUAUAUAUUUAUAUUAUUAUUUCCUUAUAUAUCUAUCUAAGAUAUGAACGAUCUAUCUAUCGCUGUUCAUACCUAUCUAUCUAUCUAUCUAUCUAUCUAUCUCAUUCAAUUCAUAUCUGUUUUGAUAUCUUUCAGACUAUCUAUUUAUUUCAGUCUUCCUAUAUCUAUUCUGUUAUUUCAUAUCUAUCUAUCUAUCUAUAA